AUGUCAGAGGUAGCUGUACCAGGCAGCCCUGGCAGCGAGGGCAGCAGGAGCCCUGCGGCCGCUCAGAUCUUCAGCGCUUCGUUUCGAAAUCCUUCCUUGCACUGGGGCACCCACACUGACACUGCUUAUCAGGGCAAAACAGUUGCAGGGGGAUAUGAAACUUUUAACUCACAAUAUCCUGAGUGCUGCGUGGAUGGAAAACUCAUUUCCCCAGAGAGGACCGAGGCAGAGAGAAACCUCACCAGCCACUGUGAGAAGCAGAGUGCUAACCACAAACCCGCUUACGACCAGGGUGGUCCAGUCGAAAUCCUGCCUUUUCUCUACCUUGGUAGUGCCUAUCACGCUUCCAAGUGUGAGUUUCUCGCCAACCUGCACAUCACGGCCCUGCUCAACGUCUCCAGGAAAAGCUCGGAGUCCUUCAAAGACCAGUAUUGCUACAAGUGGAUCCCGGUGGAGGACAGUCACACAGCAGACAUCAGCUCACACUUCCAGGAAGCCAUCGACUUCAUCGAUUAUGUCAGACGAACAGGGGGCAAGAUCCUGGUGCACUGCGAAGCGGGGAUUUCACGCUCUCCCACCAUCUGCAUGGCGUAUCUCAUGAAGACGAAGAAGCUCCGCCUGGAGGAAGCCUUCGAUUACAUCAAGCAGCGCCGGAGCCUGAUCUCACCAAACUUUGGUUUCAUGGGCCAGUUGCUACAAUACGAGUCGGAGAUCUUGUCUUCCACUCCCAGCCCUCCCGUUGCCUCGUGCAAAAGAGAAGCUGCGUCUUUCUUUGCAGAAGAACUGACUUUAGGCAAAAACUUUGAAGGCUCGUGUUUCGCCUUUCCUACCUCAGUAUUGAGUUCUGUGCCCAUCCACUCUCCUGUUCACCAGUUGAAACUCAGCCCGAUGACGGCAUCUUCGUCCUGCUGA